UCGUGUCAGCUGUCCUGUUGGCAUAUGAAGAUUGCUCAAGUGGAGGGACCAUGUGUACCAUCUCCAUCAACCACAAUAUCAUGUUAUGCAGAAAAUCUAUACUAAUAUUGAAAAUAAAAAUUACUCUGCUGUUAUCCUUUUUAGCAAAUAUUAGCAUUCAAUAAAUUCUAUUGGGUGAAGAUGUGCUUAUCUGUUUAUCUUUGUGUGUUUUUGUAUCAUUUGGUUUCCAAGCUUCUUAACCAUUUUACCUGUAUUUUAUCAUCUGCACAUGGUCCAGUGUAUCAUUUUUUUUAUCAUUAGCAGCAUUGAUAAUUGCUCAUGCUAUGCAUUUGAGCAAAAUCUCAUCUCGCCAACUUUUGUUUGGUUAUUUGCAAGUUCUCUCUUCUUUGAGAAUCAAGGUGGCAUAUCUUAUAGAACAUUAUUAUCAUAUGAAUUUAUGAAAGUAAACCUUGCAAUUAUGUGGUUAAUAAUGUUUGAUGAGUCUAAAUAAGUUAAUAAUUUAUGAAAGUAAACUUUGCAAGUAUCUAGCAUGUAUAAGCCGUGGAUGCUUCCUUGAAGAACUGAAGUGUUUAUGUGGCUUCCUUCAAAUGGGUGGAAUUUUAUGGUUGGCAAUAAGAAGAGUGGCCCAAAGACUUGUCUUGGCAAAUUUGAAUAUUGUGCUGUGAUUCAACUCAAUUAAUGCCUGGAUAAAGCAUCCUGAGAGCUAAUCUUUAAAGUGAAGAAGCCUACAUAUUUUCCAGCAAUGGCAACCAAUGAGAAUCUUCCACCAAAUGUCAUCAAACAGCUAGCAAGGGAACUCAAGAACCUAGAUGAAUCACCUCCGGAAGGAAUAAAAGUGGUUGUAAAUGAUGAUGACUUUACUACUAUUUUUGCUGAUAUUGAGGGUCCUGCUGGAACACCAUAUGAGAACGGUACAUUCCGCAUGAAGCUAUUAUUGUCUUGUGACUUCCCCCAGUCACCUCCAAAAGGCUACUUCCUAACCAAAAUAUUUCAUCCAAACAUUGCGACAAAUGGUGAAAUUUGUGUCAACACACUGAAGAAGGAUUGGAAUCCAAGUCUUGGACUAAGACAUGUUCUGAUUGUGGUAAGAUGCCUGCUGAUUGAACCAUUUCCCGAGUCUGCCCUGAAUGAACAAGCUGGAAAAAUGUUGCUUGAAAACUAUGAGGAGUACGCGAAGCAUGCAAGGUUAUACACUGGAAUUCAUGCCCUUAAACCAAAACCCAAGUGCCAGCCGGGCAUCUCUGAGUCUACUACAGCUCUGAAUGUGGAUCAAGCGAACGUGGUUUCUGGUGAUCAAAUGCCGCUGCUUACUGCACCAUCAACUGUGCCCACAGAAGUGCCGGCGCAAAAUGCUCGAGAUGAGAAUGCUGUUCCUGUUCUUCCAACAGAAAGUGCCACUGUUGGAGCAUCAGCAGCUCAAAAGACGGAAGGGAUGGUUGCUGUAAAAGCUCAGGUAGAUAGACGAAAGAUGGAUGCAAGGAAGAAAAGUUUGAAGAGAUUAUAGUGCUGCUGCUAAAGGAAGAAAUCAUGUAGUCGGCUUGAGUAAUCAAUUAGAGCAUCUGAGAGAACACCUUUGGAGAACAAUAAUUGAAGCAUCAUAUGAACCAAGGUGGAGAGGAGAGGGUGCGUGUAUCUUUCAUGUCAUUCUUUUCAUGCGUUACUUUGUGCAACAGAGUUCCAUCAAAUUUGCUGAUUCUUGAAUCUUGAUAUGUGACGGGCGAGGUGAAGGCAAGAUGAGUGCAACCGCCUUAUUAUUCGGCA